GCGAGUGUUUAGGUGUGCGGCCGGUGUUUGAGCCGAGCAAACAAAACAACAAAGAAACAAACAAACAAAUAAGCAAAGAAAACAAACCAACAAACCGAGUGGAAGGCAAACAAAUUGCAAAAAUAAAUGUGCGUCGGGGGGAAGCAGCAGAAGCAGCAGCAGCAACAAAGACUCAACAAAAGGAAGAGGACUCGAAAAAAGAAGAAACAGAAAUCGGCAUCGGCAUCGGAAAAGGAAUCGAAGAGGUCCCAUUAAUGAACCAAAACCAAGCAAAACCAACGAACAUCAAAACUAUAUAUAUUUGAUAUAUAGAAUAUAAGCAAUAUGAGCAAAAUCUAACUAUAAUGAAAUCGCUUUAAACCGCACCUAGUGUUAGUCGAAACGGAAUACAUCUUAAAACGUGUUUCCUAUUGGGGGAAAAUUGACGCUUCAUAAGUUAACGAUUUAGUGAAUAAUUACGGACCACUUAAAUUAGAGAGAAAAUCAGAGAAAACUCCAAAGAGAAAGAGAGGACUCGCAAAACCUUUUCCGGAGAAUCAGCGGACGGGGAAUCUCUGGCACCACGGCGAAGGGCGGCCGUAAUGGGUGGUGGCUUUGCGGCGCCACCGAUUACAUUAGCCAGCAACCAGCGCCCGGCCUUGAACAACCUGGCCAAGAUCCCCACCUCCUCCACGACGACGGCUAUGCACGAGAAACUCCUGGACAAGGAGGACAAGACUGAGAGGACCAAUCUGCUGGGCCGGUCCAAGGAGAAACCGCCCAAGGAUAAGGCGGCGCAGCCGAAGCAAUCCAAGUUUGCGGAGCGUCUGCGUCGCUCCUUUCGACGCGGCGACCACCGAUCCCUCGAGUGCAAGCGUCAGGAGCCCACGCCGGAGGAGUUAAGGGCCAAGAGUCGAGCCACACCGCCACCGCUGCCCAGUUCCCUGCCCGCGGACAAUAACAACCGGUUGCCCUUUGCCUUCAGCCACCUUAAUCUCCCAGGACUGGGCCUGGGUGUCGGCCUUGGGGGCUUGGGUGGCCACAUCAAUCCCGCCCUGCUCCUGGACAGCCCCGACGAGUGCACACCGCCGGAAUACGCCUACCAGCACCUGAGCAGCGUAGCCACCACCAAUUCGAGCACAUCCCUGGAGAGCAGCUGCGAGCUGGGCGAGCUGAGCGGCGGCUCCCAGACCAGUGUUUACUAUUGGGCCUCCAUGGGUGGCGAGGUGAGCACAGCAGCGGGGGGCGCAGCAGCAGGAGCCGGAACGGGCACAGGUGGAGUGCCCAUUGACACUCAGGAGCGUGAUAGACGGCGCCUCGAGACGCAGUCGAGCAAUCGGAGUGAUCAGCAGCCCAUCAACAGCAGCAACAACACCACGAAUGUAACAGCAACCACAACUUCCUCAUCCACGGCGGCUGGGAAUAAUAGCAGCAGGAGCUGCAGCCUGACCAGCGAGAGCAGCUCCAUCCGGCUGACCCGCCUCCAGAACUUCCUUUUCAAGAGUAGCAACGAGAGCUCACGCAGCUGCCAAGGGCACUCGAACGAGGGCUUCACCGUCUCCUCGCACAACUCCUCCUCCGGGGAAUGGGAGCAGCUGGGCGCCUACCUGUCCAGUAGCAGUGGCGUGGGCGGUGGUCAUGACUUCCACGGCGGCUCCUUUCCCGAGGAGAGCACACCCGAUGAGACGGAUAACACGCUGCCAGUGGAGACUGGCAGCAGUGGAGGUGGCUACUAUCAGUACACUCUGACCUCGCCCAACAAUCCCUUCCUCCCGGAGAUUACGGCACGCACGUAUCACAGCACCUACGAUGGGGAUGAGACUGAAGGUGGCGGCGGUGCUGGUGGAGAGUCCUUAACAGAGGACCUGCAGCUGGACGGGAAUGUGACCUCGGUGAAGUACACCAGUGGAGCGAGGUCUGCUCAGCUGCCGACGCCUUCCUACAGUCGUGCUGGAUCCCAGGAAUCAACGCACAGCGAGGGAGGAGGACCUGCAGGUCCCAGUCCCAGCCCGGCAUCCAGCUCCUCCUCCACACCUGGUCGGCAUCGGAGGAAGCUGUUCAGCCUGAACUCGCCCACGCGGCUGCUGCAUCAUCAGCAUCAGCAGCAACAGGGACCGCAGAGUGGAACCACCUCGGCAUCGCCGCCAUCCGGCGGGAGCAGCAACGAGGGCGGCGGCAGCAGUAGCUCCAAGUUCAACUCUGCGAGUCUGGUGCGGAGCCUCAAUCCGUUCCUGCCCAGUGUCACCUCGCCAAAGAAGGCGCCGCUCAAGCAGGCGGCGGUGACAUCGCCGGGCUCGGUGACCCCUGACCUCAGCACGAAGCGCGAGGAAUUCCUGCGCGCCACCAUGAAGAUCUGCCUGGUGGUGUCGCCACCGAACAGCAAGCUGCAGCUGAAAUCGAAGAGUCUCACGCACUUGGAUGGCCUCGACUCGGGUGUGGUGGCCUGCCAGCACGGUCCUCCGGGAAUCGCCACCACCACCGGCACCAGCACCACCACUGCUGCUCCUGCUGCUGCUGGUGGUGGCACUACCCACGCUUUCCAUGGAACCAAUGUGAAUCACGGACUGUUUGCCACAACAGGAACACCCGGAUCCUUGGGCCGACAGGCCAACGUGACGGAGAAGAGCGAACCAAACCCUGCAUCAACCCCUCAGCUGUCAAGUCAGCAGAUAUCCACUCAUCCUCCACCCAGUCAGAGCCAUCAUCCUGCACCCACCAUUUACACUCAGGCACCGCAGAUCGUGCGGCGGACGCCCUCGCUGAUGCUAUCGCUAUCGCCAACGCUCGAUGCCUCGACGACGACAACGACUAUGGCCAGUUCGGCCUGCUUUGGCACUGGCCAUGCCAGUGCAGGAUCCCUUCACCAGCACCACCAACACCAGCACCACCAUCACAACCAGCAGCAACUGGCUAGCGGUGGUAUCAGUGGCUCCAUUCCGGCUACUCAUGCAAUACCCUCCUCCAAACACUUUCAGUUUGCUGGCGAAACAGCGGCCAGUUCGUCUGCCACUCUGAGUCCCUACAGCACCACCACGCCCAAUGGUGGUGGUUUGACCUCGCCAGCGGGUGGCCCAACAUCCUCCAGUGCAACGGUGAAAAAGAAAUCCUCGUUCAUGAAGCGCAAGAAGCCACUGCUGACGCGCAGCGAGGUAUCAAGCUCAGAAUUCUUUUCCGUGUCAUUCUGUUUGGAAUCGUCUCAACAACAGCAUCCUGAUGAAGAGUUUAUUCCUGCUACCAAAGGCGUAACUCUACUCAACGCACUGAGCCACGCUUUGCGAAGGCGCAACAUCAGCUUUUCACAGAUCACAAUUACGGACAAUAAUCCCACGCCCAGUUUUUUAGAUGCAGGUCCCUCGCCCGUUCCCGUUUCCGUGGAUGAGCAGACCGAUGUGGAGAGCCUGGCUGGACACCAUCUCUGCAUUACGGAGCGAGGCAGCAACCGAAAACCCCUGCAGAAGGCAGCUUCCUUUGGCUCCCGACAACCUCCACCACGACUGCUGCCCUCCGUUUCCACCGAGGAGACCAGCGAGUCGGGCGUGGCAGCUGGUAAACAGAUCAAGCAGCGUUGGUCCUCCAUCUUUGGAAUCAAAAAUCCACAACAAAGCCAACUGUGCGAACUGCUGAAUAGCUAUAGCCGGAAUGGAGUACCCCAGCGGGCGGACGGCCUGAGCUUUGAGCACCCGGAUCUAGUCAACUCUUUGGCCUAUCUGCAGGACAUGCACAAAUCCUGGCGCGACUUUGUGGAGAGCAGCACAAUGAGCGAGAGUGAGGUGAAGAUACAGACGGCAAUCUGGGAACUGGUCACCACCGAGGUGUACUACAUACAUGCCCUGCAAACGGUGACGGAUCUCUUUCUGGCCUGUCUGGAGGCUGUGCAGGAGGACCGACUGCUCAUCGAUGUGGACCAAGCGAGACUCUUCUCCAACGUACGGGCUGUGUGCGAGGCGAACAUUAAGUUCUGGACCUUGUGGCUAUAUCCCAUGGUGGCCCAUAGUGUGAUAACCCACGAACCGCUGCGGUGUGCCUUCUUCCAGGAGGGUUUCAUCGCCUUUGCCUCCAUAUUUGCGCCAUAUAAGAUCUAUUGCGCGGAACAGAGCACCUGCCAGUUCUAUUGCAAGGAACUGAACCAGAACAAUCCCCUGUUCACCUCCUACCUAGCCUGGUGCGAAUCCCAGAAGAUGUGCAACCGCCUGAGGCUGGCCGACAUUGUGGUCCGACCCAUGCAGCGACUGACCAAGUACAGCCUUCUGCUGGCGGCCAUCAAGAAGCACAUGAGCGAUGUGGAGGAGAUCGAAGCCAUCGAUGUGAUGAUCCACAGUGUGGAGAACUUUGUGGGCAGCGUGAAUAACCAUCUGACAAUGCGUCAGGAAAACGAGCGGCUCAAGGGCGUGAUGGUGCGGAUUGAGUCGUACGAUGUGGUGGACACGAACAACGAAAUGCUGGACAAGCUGAUCAAGCAACAUAGUCAAAUGUUUGAUCUAUGUGCCCCCAUGCGUGGCUGUCCCGCUUACCAUGUGCGGCACCUGUUCAUGGAGGGUGAUCACAAAUUCAAGGACAACCUCGGCAAGUCCGAUGUGCAUUGUUUCCUGCUAACGGACCUCCUCCUGGUGUGCAAAACGAUAGCCAAGCGAGGCCUGGGGGCACUCAAGGUGAUCCGGCAGCCGUACCUGACCGACCAACUGAUUGUCCAGCUGGCGGCGAACAAUACGUUGAACUGUGUGUACCUCAACGAGUUCCAGGUGGCCACCACGGCAUUCACGCUGCAGUGCACCGAGGCCAAGAACUGGUACGAUGCCUUGUGGCGGGCCAAGACGAUUUACCAAAGACUGAAGCGUGGAGCCGGCGGCAGUGGUGGUGUUGGUGGCGGCGGUGGAGGCGGAAGUGGUAGCGGCACCGUGGGUGGUGACAGCUUCCGAUUCGGUGGCAGUGGCACCAGUGGCGGCACCGCCGACUCCCUGGGUGUGCGCAAGUCACCGAUGAACUCCUCAAUUGGCAGCCAUGUGUCGAGUGCGAAUAACAGCCAUAGCGGCAGUGUCGAGUGGAAUGACUCGCGGAACAUUUCCGUGGACUUUGAAAAGACAAACUCGGUGUCCAGUGACGAGGGCUCCAGCAUAAUGACGGGCAACCAUGGAGUUACCCUGAAGGGCAAACAGCAAUUGAUUAGCGGCCUGCACAAGGCCAAGAUGGGUAUGAUUGGCCCGAUGGGCUCCAAGUCGGCCAACACUCUGUCCGUGCAGCCGUUGAACCAUCUGGGGCAGAGUCUUCCCAACCUAAAUAUGCAUCACAGCCACACUAACAAUACUCUGCUCGUGCCCGGCACCACCACGAGCCACUCGGGCAACAUGUUGUUGUCGCCCAGCCACCGUGGCAUUUCCUACCCGCCGCCGAGCCCAACGAGAGUGCCGCUGCGCCGUGGCAUGGCCUUCUCCACCUCGACCAAGAAUCCGCCGUUGCGCAAGACCAGGAAUGUCACAUCCCAGAACAGUAUUAACUGGCAUCAGAUCCCGGCCACGCCCACACCGCCCAGCCCUCGAUCGCAGCAUCAGUCGCCGGGCAACGUAAUCUGCAUGCAGAAAUCCCUACCGCUUCUGGUGCCCAGCGAGGGUGGGCCAGGACCUAGUCCACCGCCACUGCUGCACAAGCAGCUAUCCCACCAGGCGCCGCUGCCCACCUCCAACAGCCACCACACCCAGUCGAGCACCGAAACGGAUGUCUGAUUUGGACGUGGACGUGGACGUGGAUGUGGAUGUGGAGUCCCCAGGCGCAGUCCCAGAAGCUUACAACCGCAAAAUGUACUUAACAAUAGAUCCGUCACAAACUAUAUACCAGUAGCAACUAGAGCUGGCCACCGAGCACAUUUUCCAAUCACUCAAUAGAAAAAGAGCUUAAAUUUAGAAAAUCGCUUUUGAUUUCGAAAGGUUUUUACGGAUUAUGUUAUUUUUAUAAAACUAAAUAAAUAUUCCAGUUAAUUUAAAUGGUGAAAAUGUUCAAGACAUUCUUAAUUUUUGGAUUCUAUAUGAACUUUAAAGAAAAGUGACUCAAAGACAGGGUUCACUUAAGGCUUAAACAUGAUACAUUGUCCUUGUAGAAAUGUUUUAUAUUUAAACUAUUUAUUGUAAAUAU